GCAAAAUCUCAUUGAUAUUAGUAAUGUGUAUGGGUAGACAUCGAGGUUUACUCGAUUCAAUGAAAGAUCAAGAAUGUAUUGAAUAUAGUGCACAAACAUUGAUCGAUAGUUGGAAACAAGUUGCCAUAUUUGAAUACAAUGAAAAGAAAAUUAUGAAGAUUCGAAAACAAAUCCCACCAAUGUCGGCUACCAUUAUCAAGCGAACACCACCGGUGACGACACGAUUUUAA